UAUUGAUGCGUCUGGCACACGGAGAGACAAGAGGUGCUUUGUCCUAUUUUGCUCGACAAAAACGAAGCCUCUGGUUUUUACCUCAGAAAAUUGGAUCAGAAAUGAAACUCAAUGCUGUAAACCCCAUUGAUUCUCGAAGAAAAAUGGGAAACAAAUCUCUCUUAAAAUAAUAAAAGGGGCGGCAAUGUCAAUUUGCCACCAACCCGUCCAUGGUCUCUCUUUCCCUCUCCCUUUUUUGAUCAUCUCCCGCCUUGGGCUGUCUCUUGCCCUAGCGAGUGAGAGAGAGAGAGAGAGAGAGAGAGCGGGACUCGCUUACCGACAUAUCCCGACGAAAGAUUCGAGCGAUCGGCCGCCGGGAGACCGGUAUCUAGACGCCGGAAUAAGGAGACUGAAUCAGUUACUUGGGUGUGUCCUCUCUCUCUCUCUCUUUCUCCAAGCAAGAACGUCCAAGAAGUCGAUCCAUCACUCCAGAUUUUUGGGUGUCCUUGGGAUCGAUUUUUUAGAGCUGCCCGUUUAUUUUUAUGGUCCAAAUGAUCUGAAUAUCUCGAGAAAACCCCGGAAAAAAUGGAAGACAUGGUGGCUUCUACCUUCUGGGGACCCGUUACGUCCACCACGGAGUGGUGCGAGAAGAAUUAUGCCCACUCUCCCUACAUUGCGGAGUUCUACAACACGAUUUCUAACAUACCAUGCAUCGUUCUCGCGUUCGUUGGGCUCGUGAAUGCGUUGAGGCAGAGAUUCGAGAAGAGAUUUAGCGUCCUUCAUCUGUCAAAUAUGGUACUUGCUAUUGGGAGUAUGCUCUUCCACGCCACGUUACAGCAAGUACAACAGCAGAGUGAUGAGACGCCCAUGGUGUGGGAGAUGUUGCUUUACUUAUAUGUCCUUUAUUCUCCAGAUUGGCACUAUAGAAGCACAAUGCCGACGUUCCUUUUUAUUUAUGGCGUAGCUUUUGCUAUAUUCCACUCGCUGGUUCGGUGCAGUCUAGGUUUCAAAGUGCACUAUGUUCUCCUCUGCCUGCUAUGCAUCCCUCGGGUGUACAAGUACUACAUGCAUACAAAAGAAUUACCAGCGAAGCAGCUCGCCCAUCUCUACGUGGCUACGAUUGGCUUCGGGAGCUUGUGUUGGCUGUUAGAUCGAACUCUCUGCAAGGAAAUUGCCACGUGGUACAUCAAUCCACAAGGCCAUGCGCUGUGGCAUCUCUUCAUGAGCUUCAAUUCUUAUUUUGCAAAUACAUUCUUGAUGUUCUGCCGCGCUCAGCAACUCGGUUGGAGCCCCCAAGUCUGCUACUUUUUGGGAUUUCUCCCCUAUGUCAAAAUCAACAAACCAAAGACACACUGAUCAUUUAGAGGAUCAAAUCCUGGAUUCUUGUUGAAAUUUGGUUGUGUUCUUUGUUUCUUUGCCCUUUCUCCAUUUGUUUUUCUGUAUGGCAAGCAAGCAGAAUGUUUUUCUGUUAGUGGGGUGUAAGAAAGUUUGUUGUUUACAUGGUUCAUUGUUCUAUUUGA